CUUAAGGAUACAAAUCACUUAUAGCAGGGGUUUUCUUAACCAAAACUUAAAACUCUGGGAAAUUUACCGGUAAUAUUAUAAUUUUCAUCAGGGAUCAUGAGUAUCCAAGCUUUCCACUUGGUUACAGUGGUAGUGCUCAGCACCCUGUAUUGCAGCGAUUGCGCCGCACUGUCUGGUAAUGAUACCUUCAGUUCGCCGGCCGAGCAGGCUACCGACUGUCAGUAUCCUUGCCAUUUUGGUGAUCUCUUUACACCCAGUCCCAAUACGUCUCUGAAUGCUGACUGGUCCGGAUAUAGUUAUUCAAUGCUACUGCGCCAUCGCGGUCACGGAACAGUACGAUUUGACAUCGUACCACCUAAGCGUAACUUCUGGAUCUACCUCAACAGCUUCGGAGGUGUGCGCAUCAGCGGUUUUUGGAACGUAUACGGCAUUCUGAUUUCCGACGUCAGCGCGACCUUCAAUCAUCCCAACUUCACACAGAGCACCACCCGUGUACCGAAGGUCAGCUUGACGCAGAGUCGUGACCCGUGGAUGUCCAUCUGGGUGUCCGUCUCAGCUCGUGAACCAGCAUUCGUCAAGGUCGGGUAUGGUUACCCAAUGGACGCCAACACGCUCUUCACGUUUACCCCCGAUCGCCGAAAGGUUCCGAAAAACUACCAAGUCGACGCUUUCGUCAGCCAAACAGAGGCCAUUCAGAUCAAUGGUGUAAAGAUGGCGCGCUAUCCUGUAGUCACGAGUGAGCCCAUUGUACAGGAUCCGUCGCCCAAACUAAUUUUGCCGGAGCAGCGGCGACGUGAGCACGAGGUCUUAAGCAUUGGACAGUUCUACCUGCCGGUUGCCAGGUUGCCGCUUGCGGCGCGGGGAUUGUUGGAAGAAGUGAGCAAAUUCGAGCUGACUGAGGAAGAGAUCAUUGCCAUGCAGCACUCGGUAAAGACACCGGGCAGUUUCUUGUACAAUGUCCUGCAAAAGAAGAAGAAGCCGGGAUUGAAAGAAUAUCUGCGGGCGGAUUUCCGGACUGCAAGGCGAACCGCGCCGGGACAGGAUUUGGUACUGGAGUUGGUUAUUCCCCGCGGAUCCAGCCCGAUUCGUGAUCAUGGCAACGCAUCCGCUGUUAUUAAGGUUUUGUACGGAAAACCUACUUUUGAAUUUUAUAACCCGAUGAUGGAUCGGAUAAGAGAGCGCCCCAUCCUGGUGAACACAGCAAACCUGACAGCAGGCGAAUACACGUGGAUGACUGAGUCCAUUUACCAAACUCACCGGCUGAUCAACACCGACCUGGCCAACGUGGUUAUUACCGUUCAAGCCUACGGAUACGAAGAGGAGACCUGGGAACGUACAGAUUAUUUCCACUACUUCAACGAAGCUUGCAGUCUCCACGAUCUGUCGGUGUCGUGUUACAUGGAUCUCUUUCCUCUGCCAGAUUUUAAGUUCAGCGAUAUUAAGAACUUCAUCUUACCGGAGUACCUUAACGCAAUCGAUCAAACACGUAUUAAGCGUCUUUUUUAGAACUACUUAUGGUCUUGAACUGCUUUGUGUGAUCCGCAUAUUACAUACACCUAUUGCGCAUUACUUUUCAAAGUUUUGUUAUUGGUAUGAAUAUUUCGCGGUCAUAGAGAAUCGGAGAUAAAUAAAAAAAACCGCCACUCAUUCUCGACCUCUCUGCUGGGGAUCUAUCAUCAAAUAUUAAA